ACAGACUGUGCACCAAGAUCAGCAUAAGCCCCCAAAAGUGAAACUUUCCCUCAGCAGCUAUGGAAACUGUUCCGGUGGACUGAGAUGCACUUCACAGGCUCCUCCCUGUCUCCUUGCUUUGACUUUCCCACCUCCUGCAGGCUGUCAUUCUCUGUUGGUAUUUGCAUAUUGCAAGGGAAUAAAACCUCAGUUCUCUCAGGAGUGAACCAGAGUGUUAUGGGAACUGAGCACUCGAAGAGCAAGGAGCGAAGGAGCAUGGUUUUCCUUAGGAAAGGCCCAAAGCUGCCUGCAUGGGAAGAUGCCCUUCUGGCAGGGAGAGAGCCCAAGUCACUGCUGAAACGGGGAUUGCGUUAUGUCAGCUUGAGCCUCAUAAUGAAAGGGAUGACCAGCACACCUGACUUCUUGUGGGGACUGCAUGAGGUGCAGAAGCUGAACCUUUCACGCAACCAGCUGGUGGUGAUUCCUCCUUCGCUGGGCAAGCUGGACAGGCUGGUAGUCCUGAACUUGGGUGGCAACUGCCUCAAGUGCCUACCUAAGGAGAUUGGGCUGCUGAGGAACCUGAAGGUCUUGUUCGUCAAUAUGAAUUGCCUGAAAGAAGUGCCAGCAGAGCUCAGCUUGUGCAGGAAGCUGGAGGUUCUGAGCCUCUCACACAACUGCAUCUCACAACUGCCUUUGAGCUUCACUGACCUGACGAGUUUGAGGAAACUGAACCUCAGUAACAAUCGCUUUGUGCAAAUUCCCCUCUGCAUUUUCGCCCUGAGAAGCUUAGACUUCUUGCACCUAGGGUCCAACAAGCUAGAAAACAUCGCAGAGAGUAUCCAGUAUCUGGUCAAUCUGCAAAUCUUUAUCGUGGAAAAUAACAACAUACGCAGUCUGCCGCGGUCGCUGUGCCACAUCAGCACUCUGGAGCUACUGAACGCCGAUUACAACGCCAUACAGACCCUGCCAGAUGAACUGUACCUGCUGCGCCGCCUGCGCCGCAUUGCCUGGAACCCCAUGGACAAAGGCCUCCACAUCGCCCACAACCCCUUGGCCCGGCCCCUGCCCGAGGUCGUUGAGGGGGGGCUGGAUGUCCUCUUCAACUACCUCAGGGACAAAAAGGAGCACAACUGAGCUUCCGCUGAGCUUGUCAUUAAGCUGUCAUCGGGACUCAAUUGCGUCGGAGAGCUUUCCUGCACAGGCAUCUCCACUUCAUAAUGCUCGGAUUUUGAAGGCUAUGGGUGGCUUUAGUAACAGUGGGAGGAAAGCAAGUAAAGUAUGAUGGUCUUGAUUAAGUGUGGGAAGAGCAGACUUUCUAAAAAUAGCCACCUCUGUAACCUUCACCGUUGUGGUACUUGGGGGUUUUUAUAGAAAAAAAAAUACAACUCAGUUGUGAUAAAAUAUUUGCUCUUCAUUUGACAGAAACAAAUUAAAGCAGACUGCCAGACAUGCAGAAAUGUAUAUUUGACAGCUAUUAGGCUGAAGAAAUAUUAAUAUAAGUUAGACUUUCUCUCUGCGAUUGCAGUUGCAUUUCUACUCCUGCUCACUUCUUCAUACACAGCUGUGCUCUGGCCUGUAUAAAUUACAGGUAGAGAUUGCCAGCGACGAGGCAAUUUGCCAGUUCUUUGGAAGUAGAUCCCAAACAUCCCCAGAGCUCCUCCUUCCCCUGGUGAGACAAGCAGCCGUUCACAUGGAGCCUCCUAGGAUGCUGACAGCAGUGCUUCACAUCAGCUGGGAGCAGCAUCUGCACAAAGAAGAGAAAGGACUGUGGCUUCUUCCCUCACAAAAAGGAUGGAGUUGCUCAUUGCUCGAUGUACAACUGCUCUCCUUUUCCAUAUCCCUGCAACCUAAGCUAUGAAGUAACUUUACUCAGGAGGCAGCACAUCUCCUAAAGGUGAAAUAUUUCUUUCAGGAAAAGCAGCAUCAACUCAGUCAUCACCUUAAGUAAGAGCUUAAAAAACAAAUAGAAAUAGUUAUUUCUGGGAUUUUCAGUGUCAGCCAGUAGUAUAAAAGUCAGGUCUUAUGUGGUUUCUCAUAUUGAUCUUCUGUGAAUGUCCUUCAUCAAAGUUUUAUCUGGUAAUAGAGGCAGUAUGAAAGAGCUGUGAACAAUCUAUGCAACAUGGGGUUUUUUGUUCCCUCACACCAGUGUAAAACAGAAGCAGCUCUCUUGAAAUCAGUUGAGAUAAGUGCUUGUAAUGGCAGUGUAAGAGUGGAAUGAAAUUGUAACUCUUGAGCUAAUUAUGAGUAUUCAAAGCCAUUUUCAAAGUGCUUCCUAUGUCAAAUCUCAGGAAUUUAUUAUUUUCUAAAAUUUUAUUUUUUCAGAAUUAUGAAAGGCUAUGAAAGGCUGAUCCUGCUUCUAGUGAAGUUGAUGGACAAUGCCUGGCUGAGGGAAAAACUCCUUAGCAGAGGUAGAAGCAGCCUGAUAACAGCAGACAAUUUUGUAAUUAAUAGGUACAUGUGAGUAAACGCAGCACCUUUGGUCACAUUGACACUGUUGGUGUGAUGCCAGCAAUGAGGAAUCAGUGCUCACAGACCCACACUGGGUCUGCCUGCCCUGAUAUUUUAUUGUGUUGGAUUGUUUUGCUAUGAUUUGUUAUCUUAUUUGAGAAUUUAAGUGUUAGGCCCAGAAAUCAAAGUCUCCAUGUGUGCAGUCAAGGACAAAUCUUACGUCUCUAGCAAACAUGAAACAAUUUUGAAGGAUAUUUUUGCUCAAGCAUUAAGAAAACAAGGCAAUAAAACAAAUAUUUUGUGAAUUUUUAUAACUUAGUGCAUGUUUUAAAUGCAAAGGUAUUUUAUGUGUAGCUUUACAUGUAUUUAUUUCACCCGUUGAAAAUUCCAAGUUUUUAAUGAACAAUGCAUGUAAUAAAUUAAUAUGUGAUUCCAUUAGCAACAAGCAAUAAAGCUGCAAUUAUUUUUAGAAAUACCAACAGAUAAUUCUUGGAGGGGAUUAGGGGCAGAUUAUUAACUUUUCUAAAUGCCCAUUUCAUAUCCCUAAGUCUGGCAUGCAUGUAAACACUGCAAUAUUGCUUUGCUGGAAAAUUAGAUGCCUAUGGCAUUAAUCACCUGAAAAGAUUUUCCACAUGUCAGUACCCAGGAUUAUAUGACACCGGAUAGCCCCUGAUAUGAUCUGACUAGAAGAGCUAUGCACAGUAAUUUACAUGGAAGAUAUGAGGCUGCAGUCUGUCUGUUCAUUAGGAUACCACUACAAGGGUGAGAAACACUGAACGAUUCAAGAAAAUGAUCUCCAGACAGAGGAUUAAAAGGCAAAUUUGGACUUAAUCAAAUGCAUCUGCAAAAGCAGUUAUAAUAUGAAGUGCAAUACCAAUAAUUUAAAAUUAAAUUAUUCAAUUGAAUAAUAAUGACCUUUUACUCAGGCUAAUAAACCUCUGCAAGCAUAUGAAACACAUAAAAGUGACUGCCUUUUUAAACAGAAUAAUAAAAUUGAUUGAAUAAAUGGUG